GCGCAGGGCAGCGCGGAGCAGGGACCCGCUGGGAGAGCCAGCUAUGGCUGCAUGGAGCUGCUCUGUGGGAGCCAAGAGGCAGAGGGAAGCCGGGCACAGCUGGGCAAGGGGCCUGUGCCAAGCCCACCCCGGCCUGCGGCUGCAUGGAGCCCCUUAAACCUAGGGGUGCAGCGGAGGGCGCUCGGGGAGCUGGCCUCGGACACGGCGACGGCAGUGCUUCCGGACGGCCCAUGGGAGUCGGGGCCCAGGCCCCCCCACUGAGCUGGCUGGAGCAGGAGAAGCGCCCCCCCGGCAGGGGUGCCGGGGCAUGGGCCUGCUGGCGUGAGAGCUGCUGGAGGGGCCGGGGCAGGAUGAGCCUGCCCACGCCGGGCGGCUCCGUGGCCCUGGUGGAUUGCGCCCUGGUCUGCAACGGCCACCUGGCCGGCUCGCCCCGCGCCGUCAACCGGCCCAUCGACAUCGUGCAGAAGCACAGACGCUUUGACAUUGAGAAUGGCUUUUCGUCGGGGAGGAGCCCGCUGGAGCCCCAAACCAGCCCCGGCUCCGGGCAGCGGCGCGAGUCGUUCCUCUACCGCUCGGACAGCGACUACGACCUGUCUCCCAAAGCCAUGUCCCGGAACUCCUCCAUCACCGGCGACCUGCAUGGAGAAGACAUGAUCGUCACGCCCUUCGCGCAGGUCCUGGCCAGCCUGCGCACCGUCAGGAGCAACUUCGCCACGCUGACGCAUCUGCAGGACCGCCCGACCAGCGAGCGCUCUCCCCAAUGCUCCCUGCCCUAUCUCCCUGCGUCCCUUUCCACAGAGGAUGCCUGUCAGAAGCUGGCGAUCGAGACCCUGGAAGAGCUGGACUGGUGCUUGGACCAGCUGGAGACCCUGCAGACCAGGCAUUCCGUCAGCGAGAUGGCCUCCAACAAGUUUAAAAGGAUGCUGAAUAGGGAACUGACGCACCUCUCGGAAACCAGCCGCUCUGGCAACCAGGUGUCCGAGUACAUCUCCAGCACCUUCCUGGACAAGCAGCAUGAGGUGGAUAUUCCCUCCCCGCCGCCCCAGGAGGAGGAUGCAGAGGAGCAGCAGCUCCCCAUGGUGCAGAUCACCGGCGUGAAGAAGCUAACGCACAGCUCCAGCUUCGCCAGCGCCAGCAUCCCGCGCUUCGGGGUCAGGACGGACCAGGAAGGGCUCCUGGCCAAGGAACUGGAAGACACAAACAAAUGGGGUCUCGACAUGUUUAAAAUCACAGAGUAUUCUGGCAACCGCCCGCUGACGGUCAUCAUGUACAGCAUCUUCCAGGAGCGGGACCUGAUGAAGACCUUCCGCAUCCCAGCUGACACCUUCAUCACCUACAUGAUGACCCUGGAGGACCACUACCGGGCCGACGUGGCCUAUCACAACAACAUCCAUGCUGCAGAUGUGGUCCAGUCCACGCACGUCCUGCUGUCCACGCCGGCUCUGGAGGCUGUGUUCACCGACCUGGAGAUCAUGGCCGCCAUCUUCGCCAGCGCCAUCCAUGACGUCGAUCACCCCGGCGUGUCAAACCAGUUCCUGAUCAACACCAGUGAGUUCAGCCCCUCUCCCCGCCAGGGACCCACGGGGCCAGCUCUGUCACCGGCCAGCCCCUGGAGAAACGUGCUGGCCACAGACAUGUCCAAACACAUGAACUUGCUGGCCGACCUGAAGACGAUGGUGGAGACGAAGAAGGUGACCAGCCUGGGAGUCCUGCUGCUGGAUAACUACUCGGACCGAAUCCAGGUGCUGGCCACAGACAUGUCCAAACACAUGAACUUGCUGGCCGACCUGAAGACGAUGGUGGAGACGAAGAAGGUGACCAGCCUGGGAGUCCUGCUGCUGGAUAACUACUCGGACCGAAUCCAGCGCCGCCUUUUCUCACAGGUGGGCUUCAUCGACUACAUCGCUCACCCGCUGUGGGAGACCUGGGCCGACCUGGUGCACCCCGACGCCCAGGAGAUCCUGGACACACUGGAGGACAACCGGGAGUGGUACCAGAGCAUGAUCCCGCACAGCCCCUCCCUGGCGCCCGAGGGCCGGAAGUUCCAGUUUGAGCUGACACUGGAGGAGGAGGAGGGCGAGUCAGACAUGGAGCCGGAGGAAGCCGAGAGCCCGCUGGAGGAGGACAACAGCGGCAGUGACUCCCAGGCACUGGCCACGGACGACUCGGAGUCGGCAGAGCUCGAGCACCUGUCCCCUGGCUCAGCCGGCAGGGACUCCCCGCCCCCUGCCCCUGGCGGCCUGCCCAGGAACAUGCUGGUCAAGCAGAAGGAGGCUUUGUGCUUUGACAACAGCAGGGCUCCGGAGAGGACGCUCUCACCGCUCGAAGACGGCACCUCAGCAGGGUGCCCGGAGCUAGGCCGCAGCAGGAGCCGGGAGCGGGGGGGGCUGGGCCUGGACACGGAGGGGAACCUCACGUUUCUGCCGCUGGGGACGUAACAGGCAGGGCCGCCGGGCCCGUGGCUUAGGCCUGGGAGCCCCCCGGAGCACGGGGCC